AAAACCACUGCAUCCUGCAAGAUUUGUUGUGGUAGACCAUUAGUUGCUGGGAUAGGGUUUGCAUCUUCAGGCAUGAUGAGCACAGUAGGCCUGGACCUCACAAGUCCUAUGGAUCCUGAUCUGACUUGGAAGAUACUUUCAAAAAGGAAAAGGAGUGUGAUGAGACGUACCAGGAGACCGGUUGCUAAAAUCUUGAUGCCGGGAAUGGUGCUAGCUGAUAAAAAUGCCAGGACAGUGGAGCAUUUUACGGUUUCAGAGUCAGAGAAGGUUGGGGUGGAUGUUCUAGGAAGGCGCUUUUGUGAAAGAGUAAAGAAUGUUCCAAUCAAGAAAAGGAGAUUUGCGUUCCGAUAUCCGUCACCACCACCUCCAUUGACUCCUUAUUUGCACCUUGAAGCCUCUGAACAGCAUGUAGAUUUUAAACCUGCUUCAAAUCAGAAUUUUGGUUCAAACACCACACAACUCAUUAAACCGGAUUGUUCUGCCAAGUCAUAUAUUGCUAGUGUUGGUGAUAAGAAGAUUUCAGAGGUAAUAAAUGGUGUCGAAGAUUUCUCAGGGAUUGAAAUACUUGCAGCUGCUGCUUGCAGUGAUAGCAUCUGCAAUGAUGUUACUGAAUAUGAGGGAAAUCCAUUAGUAGAAGAACUAACAGUGGAGAGGAUGCAGUCUUCAGCUUCUUCAACUCAUUUGGAAGAAACUACCGCAUCAUUGGAAGCGGCAUGUAGCUUUCCAAAAGAUUCGGUAAAUGAAAGUAGGUCUCAGGGUUCAUCUUUCCAAGGCAAUUCCUUUGCUGUUUUGCAUGAAUUUCCUAGUGACAAGGAUACAGAACCAGAAAGGCUUGUUCCUUUGCAGAUAUUAGUUCACACUGGGAUUUAAAUGUUCCAGUGGAUGCUUGGCUUUGUGAUGGAGGGACUGUUGAUACUCGAAAGGAUUCUUUUGCUAAUAUUUCUGGGAGAAGUGAAGAGUUGCAGAUUACAAAACCUCAAGAUAUAAAAAAUGACACUUUGAAUGAAGAGAUUUCAUCUGAUGUCGAUGGG